AUGUUGCCCAGGAGCGUUGUCUUAAGAUCCCAAGUGGGUCUGAUAUUGCCCAGAAACAUUGUCACAAAGAUAAUUCCAACCACCACAUCUCGAUGCUUUUCCACUAAAUCACAGUUGUUGGCCCCGCCAUCAGCAACUUCGGCUUCACUCAAUUUUUUCCAAAAUAAGUCAUUGCCAGCCAACACCGUGGUGAAAUUUGUUCCUCAACAACAAGCAUGGAUUGUUGAAAGAAUGGGUAAAUUCCAUCGUAUUUUACCACCAGGAUUAGCCAUUUUGAUCCCAUUAUUAGAUCGCAUCACCUAUGUACAAUCACUAAAAGAAUCAGCCAUUGAAAUCCCUACUCAAAGUGCCAUCACAUCCGACAAUGUCUCAUUAGAGCUAGACGGUGUGUUGUAUGUCAAAGUUGUUGAUCCAUACAAGGCAAGUUAUGGAGUUGAAGAUUUCCAAUUUGCUAUUAGUCAAUUGGCACAAACGACAAUGCGAUCAGAAAUUGGUAACUUAACUCUUGAUGCAGUAUUGAAGGAACGUCAACAAUUAAAUACCAACAUCAAUAAAGUCAUUAACGAGGCCGCCAUGAAUUGGGGAGUUGAAUGUUUACGUUACGAAAUUAGAGAUAUCCAUCCCCCACAAAAUGUCAUUGAAGCUAUGCAUCGUCAAGUUAGUGCUGAGCGUAGCAAAAGGGCUGAGAUUUUGGAGUCAGAGGGUAAUCGACAAAGUAAGAUUAAUAUCAGUGAAGGUGAAAAACAAAGUAUAAUUUUACAAUCAGAGGCCAAUAAGCAAGAACAAAUCAAUUUGGCUCUUGGUGAAGCUGAACAAAUCAAAUUGAAAGCCGAAGCUACUGCUAUUGGUAUCAAGCGUAUUGCUCAAGCUAUUAAAGAAACUCCUGGUGGCGAAUCAGCAGUUAAUUUGCAAGUUGCUCAAGAGUAUAUCAAGGAGUUUGGUAAAUUGGCUAAAGAAACAAAUACCGUGGUUAUACCUUCUAAUGUUGGCGAUAUCUCCAGUUUUAUGGCACAGGGGUUAUCCAUCUACAAGAAUUUGAAUAAGGAAGGAAAAUAG